CGCUCCACUGGCGCAUCGCUCACGAAGCCUCGGCUCGGUGACGCGCCUCAGGUACAGACCUCCGCCUUCUCCGGUCUCUACAUUUGUAGAUAAGCCGCUGUUAGUCAUGACUCAGUGAGCGGACAGUGGAGAGAAAAUGGAAAGUGCUCGCGGCGCCUCCAGAACGUUUCAGCACCACUCCAGCUGGACAGCGCAACAGCUUCUUUUUUGCUUUUUCCUCUUCUUUUUCUUGUUCUCUUUUAUUUUCUCUAAACAGGCUCCCGAGGUUGGGGAUUUUCUUUUUUUGAAUUGCAUUGAGCUCCAGUGAUGGAGUUCGUCGAACAACAUCAUCCGAUUAACAAUACGGCAAACAUUCCGCUUUGGUCCGAGUCUAAAUGAGAUGAUGCGGGAAGUCUUGUGAGCGUUACGCAGUAACGAAAGUAACUCAUUGGUGAGCAAAGCCAGUGACAGACCUCUGUUCAUCUCCUUUGAAGAAAAAAGACUGCAAAUCCAGUGGAACUGUAAGAUCCAUGAUUUAGUGUUAACCUAUAAUCCCAGCUAGAGUUGUCUUCAUGGAGGAAAAAAAGAGAGGUGUGACAGAACUGGUGAUACUAUCUAACCAAAUAUCUAACAAAUCUUAAAAGACACUGUCUUCUCAAUGGACUCCUAUAGACACCAUCUAAGAAAGUAAGCAACAGUUUUGAUUUAAGAGAUCUGAGAAAAUACUGGACUGCUGAAAUGUCUCCUUACUUGUUCGACAUUUGUGGGAGGCCCAUCCAUCUCUGUUUAUGUUUGUUGAUUUUUCUUAAUCGCUUCCUGUUCACGUUGGAAGCAAGACCCAAGGGCCCCGGCCACACACAUCUGAACUCGAUCCGCAUUGAUGGAGACAUCUCUCUGGGAGGUCUGUUUCCAGUUCAUGCAAGGGGUCACAACGGAAAGCCCUGUGGGGAGCUGAAGAAGGAGAAGGGCAUCCAUCGUCUGGAAGCCAUGCUUUUCGCUCUAGAUCGCAUCAACAAUGACCAUGAGCUUCUUCCUAAUAUCACACUGGGGGCUCGCAUUCUUGACACCUGUUCACGGGACACACACGCUCUGGAGCAGUCACUGACUUUUGUUCAAGCACUCAUAGAGAAGGAUGGCACAGAUGUGAAGUGUCAGGGAGGUGGCUCACCGAUCAUCACCAAGCCAGAGAGAGUUGUGGGAGUGAUUGGGGCUUCCUCUAGCUCUGUGUCUAUCAUGGUAGCUAACAUCCUUCGCCUGUUUAAGAUCCCUCAAGUGAGCUACGCUUCCACAGCACCAGAGCUGAGUGACAACACACGAUAUGAUUUCUUCUCUCGAGUGGUUCCUCCAGACACCUACCAGGCCCAGGCAAUGGUGGAUAUUGUGAGACACAUGGGGUGGAACUACGUCUCAACUGUAGCGUCCGAGGGAAAUUAUGGAGAAAGUGGGGUUGAUGCCUUCAUCCAGAAGUCUCGUGAGGAUGGGAGUGUCUGCAUCUCCCAGUCAGUUAAGAUCCCUCGUGAGCCCAAAACAGGAGAAUUUGACAAGAUUAUUCAUCGCCUGGUAGAAAACCCAAAUGCUCGAGUAGUCAUCAUUUUUGCAAAUGAGGAUGAUAUAAAGAGGCUGCUGCAGGCAGCAAAGAAAGCCAAUUUGACUGGCCACCUCUUGUGGGUUGGAUCAGAUAGCUGGGGUUCUAAAAUAUCUCCUGUGCUCCACCAAGAGGAGAUGGCUGAGGGUGCAGUAACUAUCCUACCUAAGCGCCAGUCUAUUAAAGGGUUUGAUCGUUAUUUUAUCAGCCGGACAUUGGAAAAUAACAGGAGGAACAUCUGGUUUGCUGAGUUCUGGGAAAACAAUUUCAACUGCAAGCUCAAUCGGCAUGCCUUGAAGAAAGGAUCUGGCAUAAAGAAAUGCACAAAUCAAGAAAGGAUCGGGAAAGACUCAACCUAUGAGCAGGAGGGAAAAGUAAUGUUUGUGAUUGAUGCUGUAUACACCAUGGCACAUGCUCUCCAUAACAUGCACAAAGACCUGUGUCCAGGCAAAGUAGGGCUUUGCUCCAGAAUGGACCCUAUCGAUGGAUCCCUCCUGUUAAAGUACAUCCGUGAAGUGAAGAUAACAGGCAUAGCUGGGAAUCCAGUACAGUUCAAUGAGAAUGGGGAUGCUCCUGGCCGUUAUGAUAUCUACCAAUACCAGAUAAAUAACAAAACAGCAGAAUACAAAAUCAUUGGCCAGUGGACUGACCAGCUCCAUCUCAAUAUCCCAGAGAUACAGUGGCCAGGUGGUAUAAAGCAAAUACCCUCGUCCAUCUGCAGUCAGCCAUGCAAACCAGGCUGGCGUAAGAAGGUUGUGAAGGGUAUCCCAUGCUGCUGGCAUUGCGAGCGCUGUGAUGGCUACCAGUACCAGGCGGACCCUUUCACCUGUAAAAUGUGCCGCUUUGAUUUGCGCCCCAACAAGAACCAUACAGGCUGCCAGCUUAUUCCAAUCAUCAAGUUAGAAUGGAGCUCACCUUGGGCUGUCAUUCCUGUACUCAUUGCCAUCAUGGGCAUUAUGGCCACCUUGUUUGUGGUGGUCACCUUUGUACGCUACAAUGACACUCCAAUUGUGAAGGCAUCAGGAAGGGAGCUCAGCUAUGUCCUGCUUACAGGCAUCUUUCUUUGCUAUGCCACUACAUUCCUGAUGAUAUCUUCUCCUGAUGUUGGGAUCUGCUCUCUCCGUCGCAUUUUCCUAGGACUAGGAAUGAGUAUUAGCUAUGCUGCCUUGCUAACCAAGACCAACCGUAUUUAUCGUAUUUUCGAGCAGGGAAAGAUGUCAGUGAGUGCCCCACGUUUAAUUAGCCCAGCAUCCCAGUUGCUGAUCACUUUCAGCCUGAUCUCAGUCCAGCUAUUAGGCGUUUGUAUUUGGUUUAUAGUGGAUCCUCCUAAGGCUUUCGUGGACUAUGAGGACCAGCGAAUGGCAAAUCCAGAGCUAGCACGGGGUGUACUCAAGUGUGACAUCUCUGACUUGUCACUCAUCUGCCUGCUGGGAUACAGCAUGCUGCUAAUGGUCACAUGCACAGUCUACGCCAUAAAGACUCGUGGGGUGCCGGAGACCUUCAAUGAGGCGAAGCCCAUUGGCUUCACCAUGUACACCACUUGUAUUAUCUGGCUGGCCUUCAUACCCAUCUUCUUCGGAACAUCACAAUCCACCGAAAAGAUAUACAUCCAGACAACAACUCUAACCAUCUCAGUGAGCCUGAGCGCCUCUGUAUCUUUGGGACUACUCUACAUGCCCAAAAUCUACGUGGUGCUCCUCCACCCUGAGCAGAAUGUGGCCAAACGGAGCACACGCAGCCUGAAGGCCGUGGUCACUGCCGCCACCAUGUCCAACAAAUUCAAUCCGAAGGCCAGCCUGCGACCUAAUGGAGAGGCCAAGACCGAGCUGUGUGAGAACUUGGAAACUCAAGAUGGAGGAGAGAUUUGAACACAGCCUGCUGACUCCGUCCAUCCAUACCUUCUGGUCGAAGAAGAUCAUGAGAAGAACCUGAGGAAAAAGUGGAAAGUCCAUGGUGUUUCAGUGAUGGUACUGUAUGUCACAUCACUAUUUGGCAUCCGGCAGAACUGACCCCAUGCUGGAACCAUCUGCAAAAUCCCAUUACUACUUCUUUUUUUAUCUGUCUUAUAAUUUGAUGUCAUUGCUGAAGUGACACCAAAAUAUCAACCAGGCUUUGACAUAUCGCUUUCAGGUUUUCAUACACCGGAGGAGUGGCUGAGAUCUCUUUUUUUUUCUCCCAGCAGGGGCUCUCACGUUUUCCUAUUGGUGAUGGUGACAAGAGUAAAAAUCCAUUGUUUACAGAUGUUGAGCAUGCUGGUUUGGUUUGGGCAUCCAGUGUUGUGUUUUUUCUUUUCUUUCUUUCUUUCUUACAUUUUGUUAGUGGUCCUGGAAUGCAUUUAAAACCAUGUUGCUGUGCUCCUAUCACACUAUGAGACCUUAUGAUAAACUGAUUUAAGUGUAAGGAAUUUUGGGGGAAUGUUCACUUGUGCUUAAAAUACGAUUUAUUUAUGAAGUCUAACUAACUAGCCUUGCGCUGUGGUCCAAAACACUCAAAAGCUAUCACUGCCAAAUGUGCUUUGGCAAAACGCGAAAUCACUAUUUAUUACUUAGUUCAUUAAAGAGUAUUUGAAUUCUUGUGUCCCCUUUUUGAUUAAUUACUCUUACAGUAUACAAAAAAAAGAAAAUUCCUAAUCAGCAAUUUGAAAAGAGAAAAUUUAAAACAGGAUGCACAAAGCUAACAUGAGACAAGAACCAGGAAAAAAGAACAGAUAUUUAAUUUAACGCCAUGUCGAGUGACAUAUUGCAACAAUGCGUUUUGUGGAUGUCCUGUGAAGUUUAAGACUCAUCGCCUAUGAUUUCUCCUCUGUUUAUUUUUGCACUUUUUUGUGUUGCUGAAUGCAAUUUGUUCAUACUGACCGUGCUAAAUAGCAACUAAAUGUGCGUUCUGGUAAUGUUUGCAUUUGUCUAGAAAAACAAAACAAGAAGAAGAAAAACAAAACAAAACAAAAAAAAAUGAACGGUGCCUGUACUAAAGUAUUUGUAAAAUAUGAACAUUGAGGUAUGUGAAGCAUGAUCAUUUUUAUACAUAAGUUGUUUCUAAUAAAAAAAGAAAUGUUUUUUUUCCAAAA